ACUUAGCCAACAUAGAUUGAACAGCAUAUAUACAGACAUGGCAGAAGAUAGCUAGAUGCCAGGUUAAGUGGGCGUAUGAAUGUUGUACAUGUUGUUAAAGAUAGCAUAGAGAGAGAAGUGAAGCCUACAAAGAUGGAUCGUGAACUUGAAGGACAGUUAAGAAUGCAAAAAUUAAUUGGCAUGCUCCACAAAGAAGCAUCGAUAAACUGUAAAGGAGAUCUCGAAAAACUCGAUGUACAGCAACGUUUUAUGGAGGAAAACAUCGAAAAUGUCAUUGCUAGCAUAAAGGAAUUCGACCCUUGGUUUGAAAUAGAAGAGCGAGUGAAUACGGGUAGUUAUUAUGAUGGAACAAAAAUACUAGAAGCAGACGAGUUUGACUAUAUGGGUAUAUUGAAGAACUCUCCUAUGUUCACCGUUGUGGAAGGUUGUAAGCCAGGUUUGGCUCAUGUUAAAAUUAACAAUCAUUCACUCCUCUCGCAUGUGAAAUCCCUGCCUUGUCCUAAUGCUGACUUUGAUUUUAAAGGAUCCGAACUGAAAUCAGCUCCGUAUGCUGAAGGCUAUCAAAGUUAUUCUGAUGCAGAGUAUACCGUACCUGUUCUAUCAGAGAAGGGAUAUCUGUCUGCUAAAUUCAUGCAUAGGUACUUCAACUCUAUGUCCAAGAGAUCGAUGAUGUUAAAACAUAACAAAUUCAAAAAACUGGGAAUACCUCCAUGGAAGGGAGAUGGAAAAAAUCCCGUUGUCGAUAAAGUAUUUGGUCCAGGCGCAAUGUAUGACAAACGUGUGCAGUACGUUUCAAGACCCGGUGCUUCUGGACCUAACGUGGAAACAAUGAUAACAGGCCCCCUUUGUCCUGCAUCUGUAGACAUAACACUUGCAAUUACGAUCGAUCCAAUAAAGAUAAACAAGGAGAGAUACGGUCAUUUAAAGCACUCUGAAGAUGCCAGCGUAGUGAUUGCUAGGCCAACUGGUGAACGUGGGGAAUUCCCUUGUCCAUCGUGCUGGACGAUGUCAUUUGGCAAAGCAGAAAAGAGAAAGAUAAGAAACAUGGCAGUUCAGCACAAGCAAAUCCAUAUGAUUCUGAAAUAUCUUGCCACAGAGAAAAUGGUCGGAAUUGCCAAUAAUUCAUACGUAAUAAAAACUUUAAUUAGCGAUCACCUGAGAGAGUGCCAGCUAAAUGGCACGGAAUACGCUCCGAAAUGUUUCCUAGAUAUACUCGAGGUAAUACGGAAUCUGGUGACCCUGAAGUUAGAUCAUCUUGACGGUGAGGAUCCGACAGAUCGAACGAAACCAGAUGAUAUACUGGCCGUCAGUCUUAUGAUGGGUGUAUCCAAAGCAUAUUUCCUGGAUAAGGAGAAUAUGCCUGGAUAUAAAGAAAGAGACAUAGAAUUGUAUCAACGCCUUCUGGAAAUGUGCUUAGAUCUUAUAAAAUCCAUUGGUUUGAAAGGCAGUGACUUGGUGGAAAAAGCACAAAACAAAGAGCCCGAAGAUAGAAUUCUCCACAUGCUGCGAAAAGAUCCAACGCAAAGGGGGAUGCACGAAUUAAAAAGCAUUCUUGCCCGUUGUCCAGACCCGAUUUUGAUAUAUGGUGCAUACCACAACUGGAUUGUAAAAGAACCGAGUCUUCCUAGCAUGCAUAUUGCCGAAAUCAACGUCCUAGGCAAAAAGACAUACCGGGCACAAGUUACGAUUGAAGAAGAUAAUUUCGACACAUCCAGUGAUGAAGAUGAGGAUGAUUCUGAUAAUUCAGGCGAUGACGAUGAAGAAGAGUUUGACAAAGGAAGCAUUGAUAGUUGGGAUAUUCCAAUGAGGUCAUAUUUUGAGCUCGGCCUGGAUGACUGCUUUUCCUUGAUCGAGGAAUUCUAUACCCAUCGGGAAAAACUCGACGCACUCAUUGCCUUUUUCGAGAAAUUGGCAUCUACCAAAGGAAAGCGACUCUUUCGAAAGUUAACAGAAGAUCCAGAAGUGGAGCUAGAAAUGUCGCGAUCAGUUAUGCAAUAUUUAUUGGAGAAUGAGUUUUCGAGGUUUUCACGUUGGGAGUAUCAUGAAGGAAACAAGAGACAACCACUCUUCCCGAAAUAUAAAGAAUCGUUACGACGAUUCAUUGACAAUUUGAAAUCUCGAUCUAAAUAAUAACGUACCGGAUGCUGAAAGUUUGAACCUCGCUAAGUAUCCAGUGAUCCCGUCUGUGGCAAUCCAUGCCCACCCAGCUCCCGUCAUGUUUGCCUCCUUGGCCUGUUGGAGAACAACUUUGGCGUGGGGCAACUCGCAGUUCAGGAGGAUGAUUCGCACACCUUUAAUGUAGAUAAUGCAACAACUUGUUAUUCCUAAAAGGACUUAAGGUUGGAAAUGUCCCCUAUAAUACACCAAGGCUCAAUCAUAUAUAAUAGGGUACCGUGUUAUGUUUAUCUAAAUUCAUCUUUUAAUGAUACUGUGUAUGUUUUCAAAAUGGUUGAUACACAGCUAUGUUUACAUGUAGAACCCAGCUACCUGUUUCUUUGAUGACAGUGAGUUCACGUGUUGCAUUAAGUGUGGCAUCAUUGGUGACCACGAACUGUUGUACACUGACGACCUUCCAACCUCUCUUGGCGGCCUCAGAAUGGAACUGUAGCAGGCCAUUGAUGCCUAAAUAACAAAAUAUAUUAUAUAAAAUACAUAUAUGUAUUUAUCAUAUAUAUAUUAUAUAUGUAUAUACUGCCAUAUAGAUAAUCGGAUCUACUUUUUCGUUUUUUUUGUUUCCACAUUUUUCGAGCGAGGGUUCGUGUGGUUCGAUCCCCACUCGGGUGGACUGAUUUUUUUCACAUCA